AAAUCAUUAUCAAAAACUAUUCUCUUGACAACUUCUAACGACCUCAUUACUGCAAAUCCGUUAAAUCGCCACGCCGCCGGCUCAAUCAUCGCGUUAUUGAAAUUUCAAUGCAACAGCUGUGGGAGCACCCGACCGUAAAUCCCAACCGCAGAAGGGGGUUCUGACUACGUACCUAGGUAUAAAACAACGUGCUUUUCCAUAACAAAAAACGCCGAUACCUAACUAGCAACAAUAUGCCUACCCCAGUAAUGCAAUGGGAGAUCGCAUUGAAACUAUGGCUACAGCUCGGCUCCAUCCCGGUCAUUUCCGAUAGUCAGUUCGUGAGAUUACACUGCAGGUAUCGGUGAACGAACGUUGUGAAGAAAAGUGCUACUGUGAUAUUUGCAUUUGGCGUUUGAAAUUAUGUCAUCAUCGGUGGAAAACUUGGAAAAGUAAGUUGAGCACGUGACUUCGGUGGGAUGCAAAAGUGACAGUUGAGUUAUUGGUGUUUUUCAGAAAUUAUGAUGACGAUUACAAUCCAUUUGAGUAUAGGAACAUCAAGAAACCGAAUACGUAAGUGACCUUGAAAGCGAUAGAAUCUGAGAUUUCUACUAACUGUGAAUGCAUUGCAGAACGAUUGGUAGUUUUAUCCACAUAAUCAAAGGUUCCUUAGGUACGGGGAUCAUGGCAAUGCCGCUGGCAUUCAAAAAUGGAGGUUUGAUUUUCGGGUCAAUCGGAACCGUAGUGAUCUGCGCUCUCUACGCUAAUUUCGUACAUCUACUGGUAAACACAUCGCAAAAAGCAUGCAAGAGAAGUCAAGUGCCAAUGUUGGGAUUCAGUGCAACUGCGAAAGAUGUUUUCAGCAAUGGACCGCCAGCUGUACGACCUUACACGAGCUAUGCAUCGGGCUUCAUUGACUCGAUGAUGGUGGUUGAUAGUUUUCUCACGGCUUGUUUGUACAUAGUUUUCAUAGCUAAAUCGUUGCAAGACGUACUCCGCUACCAGUUGCAGCUCGAUUGGGACACCAGGAUUUAUAUUGUGUUACUGCUAAUUCCGCUGCUGAUCAUUGUUCAGGUUCGCAAAUUGAAACAUUUGGUUCCGUUCACGGCUAUUGCUAGUGGUUUAAUUGUGACGGCCAUCGGUAUCUCUUUGUACUUCAUCUUCAGCGCUGAAUUCGAUCUGUCUAGUAAAGCAAUGUGGCCCGAAUGGUCGAACUUGCCAUCGUUUAUAAGUACGGUCCUCUUCGCAAUAUCUGGCAUCAACACAGUUUUACCGGUGGAGAACAAUAUGAAGCAUCCAAAGUAUUUCCUUCGACCUUUUGGUGUCAUGCAAAGCGCAUUUGGAUGUCUGACUGUUCUAUACGCAAUCACUGGAUUCUUUGGUUACGCCCAAUACGGAGAAGACACCAAGGCUUCCAUUACUCUGAACCUUCCAAGUGACAAUGGUUGGGCUCAAUCCACACGCCUAUUCUCCGCCAUGGGAAUACUCGUAUCCUUAGGAUUCUCCCUCUACGUCCCGUUGGAAAUCCUUUGGCCCCAUAUCGCUACUCGACUGGCACCGAAACGGCAAAACUGUGGCCAAAUAACGAUGCGAUCCGUGCUAGCGGUGGCAAUGGUCCUGACGGCGUUCGUCGUUCCGGAAAUCGAACCACUGAUAGGUCUGUUGGGAUCGUUCAGUGCGGCAUCACUUUCCAUAAUGUUUCCGGUUGCGCUGGAUGUGAUCUUCCGAUGGCCGGACGAAUUCGGACGGUGGCGGUGGCUUCUAGUGAAGGAUGCUGUUUUGUGGGUGUUUGGGCUGUUUGUGCUCAUUGUGGGGACAUAUUUUAGCAUUUUGGAUAUCAUUGAAAUAUAUAAGUGAAUAGGCAUUGAAAA